GAUAGUCCUCCGCCAGCCUUUUCCAAGACAAGUUCGUCUCCGUGGCUCUAGCACUCUCUGACGAUCCCUAUCUACACAAACCAGGAUAAAAGCGCCAGAAAUGCUUUUCGAGGACAGACAGUGAAGUUUCCGCGGAAGGAUAAACAGCUACGCGAUCAUGGAAAAUUUGUUCGUGGUGUCGCUUCUGCUGGUGCACCUGCCGACAGAGCUGCUGUCCGUUCAGGUGGUGGUCCCGCAGACGGAGAGGAGUACCAUGCUCUUCUCUAAUGUGAUUCUGUACUGCGACUACUCAACUUCAGCCAGUUCUCAGGACGUCCUGGUCUCAUGGAAGUUCAAAUCCUUCUGCAAAGACCCCGUGCUGGAGUACUACUCCACAGCCUACCAGGCAGCCCUCCAGCUGGGUCAGGACCCCGCCAACGACUGCCCCGACAGACAGCGUACUGUUCGCACUGUGGUGCAGAAGAGGGGCGGCAAUGAGCCCGUUCUGGGCGUGGAGUACCGAAACCGCAAAAUUACCAUCCAGAACAAGGCUGACCUGGUCAUAAACGAGGUGAUGUGGUGGGACAAUGGGAUGUAUUACUGCUCCAUCGAUGCAGCCGGAGACACCACCGGAGACUCGGAUCGGGAAAUCAAGCUCAUCGUUUUCCACUGGCUGACCGUUCUGCUGAUCAUCAUGGGCGCCCUCCUCCUCAUCAUGCUCUGCUGCAUUUGCUGCUGUCAGUGCUGUCCGCAGAAGUGCUGCUGCUACGUCCGCUGCCCCUGCUGCCCUCAGACCUGCUGCUGCCCAGAAAAAGCUGUGAUGCAGCACCGGAUGGUCCGGGAGGCUCAGAAGGCCAUGGCUCCUUGGAUGAAGGGUCAGCCGAUUUACGCUCCCAUCAGCUCCAACAUGUCCUCCCAGGGCGGGCCCUUGCUUUAUCCAGGGUUCUACUCGGACUACCCGACCAAACAAAGCUUUGCCAUGACCCCCAUGCAGCCGUCUCCCAUGGCGCUGCAGCAGCAGGCUCCUCCUCCACCGCCGCAUCAAUACAGCGGCAGCUUUCAGGGCAGCAUUCAAGGCACCAACCAGGUGCUGGACUUCCUGGAGAACCAGGUGAAGGGGCUUGACGUUGGGGUGCCUCAGAUGUCUCCCUAUGCUCAUCAGAUCAUGUUUCAACCCCAACCGCGGUUGGAGCCAGCCCCUCAUGCAGUCCCGUAUGCACCGGGGCCCCCGAGUAUGCUGUCUGCUCUGGAUGAGAUGGGGGUCAAAGGGGUGGAGAGAAGGGUGAUCACUCUGCCCCCCAUCGUUCAGCGUAUUCCCGGCUUGUCGUCACAUGGGGGGGCUGCAGGCAGACACGGAGCCCGGGGCUACAGGGCGUCCAGCCACUCUAGCGGGAGUACCAACCCCUCUGCCCGUGGGUAUGCAGACAACACCCCCGCCCGGCAUGGAAUCCUGCGGGAUUACAGCGAUGAUUCCGAUUUGGACUUCAGGCGGGGAAGAGCGCCUCACAGGGGCUCAAGAAAUGAGGGGGGAGGCUCAUCUGGAAGGAGCAGGGGUGGGUCCAGACCUCGCACCCGCAGCCAGGACGACCUGUUGGAGGAGAUGUACGAGAGAGCAGCUCGCAAGGGGAGGAGCCUCACCCCCCCACAGCGGCCCAAAGAGCCCUGGAGCUCAGAUGAGGAGGACCGCAGGAGGAGAAAAGGAGGAAGAGGGAAGGGGUGGACAGAGCAGCCGCCCAGCUACUCCACCAUCGACAUCCAGCAUGGAAACAGCAGCUCCCACAAGAACUACGCCCCGCUGUCUGAUAGAGGCUCCCAUAGCAGCUCCAGCGUAGUCAUCUGAAACAUUUCUCACCUUCACUUGUCCUGAAUAUUUCCACAACCGUGACAAGGAAGUUGGCAACUUAACCUUUUGAGUAAGCUGAAGCCGCUGUGAUGAAAACAGUCGGGGUGGAUGGGGGGGGGAGUACUCAGGCAUUCUGCACUUCACUGCACUGCUGCAAGGCAUUGCAACAACAUUACAUGUUUUUAAUUCAUUGUUUAUAACAGUAAUAACUAAAAAUUGCUCUUGUUCAACAUAUAAAUAUCACUUUUGCAUCAAACAGUUCCAGGCAGACUGCUGAAACUGAGGAAUUUGAUGAACUUUUAAUGAAGUACAAUGUUUUUUUUACUUUUAUUUUUGUGUAAGUUUUUUAUGUUGAAUGUCUGUAGUGAUGUGAGAGGCAGCAAUAUUCAGAGAUUAUACUCCUGUUUGUUGUGGAAAUCAGUUGUAGACGUCUGAUGUGAAGUAAAUGCCGAAUAAUUUUGUGAUUGUCUAUAACAUUUUCAUUGUCACAAAAAAUUGUUGUUAAAUCUUUGUAAUAAAGUGCUUUAGAUGUUGUAACUUCAAAUUUGUCUUACUUAAAUGUAUUAAAAAUGUUUACAGUAAAGG